CGCUUCCCACGCUGUUCGCCCGGCGGGGCCGCAAGGGCUCUGCGGCGCCUCCCGCGCUGUGGUAAGCGGGUAGCGGGCAGAGUCCCGAGUCCGCGGGCUUCCGCCGGCUCAGUGCCGGGAUCGCAGGCUGCCACAUCGAUGCUCGGUGGCUCCGUACGGGCUUUGACCUGCAGGCAGAGUGCCCCGGCCCUGCGGCCCAGGGGUCCCUCCUGGGUACUCACCUCCAAGGUGAAAGAGGAGCUCUCGGAGAGUGAUACUAAAUCCAAGGCUGUCCAAAUGCCAGCUCCCUCCUGACAUCCUGCUCAGCUCUGCAGGUGACCUUAACUGGGAACUUGCUUUAAAUAAGGACUCUCAUAUCCUUGUGCUUUAAGGUGAGAAAUCCUUCUGGAAGAGGCAAACAACAGUAGCAGUUAGGGCUCUCUGACAUUGCUAGCUCUUCUGGAAGAGAGCACAAAACAGGCUGAAACAGAGCAGAAGCCCCCAAGAGCCUUCAGACUCAAGUUCUGCAGAGGGAUGGUGCCACAGGAGAAAGUGACAAAGUCCUGGUAGUAAGAAGAGCUUUUCUGAAUUGUGUCAUCUUUAAAAGCCAGUCCUCUUAUCUGCUGUCUGCUUUCUCAUCCCUUUCAACUUCCGUGUCAUUCAGUGGUCUUUACUUCAUCUGUUUUUCUCUGUGCCUCGUGUGCCCCAUCACAGCAGUUGUGCCACUGGAAGAAGACCUGGAGAAAGAUGCACUUAAGUGUUAUUCAUCAAAGAAGAGAAGCUUAGAUCCUGUCUUGGUGGCUGCUGUACCACACAGUGCUGAACAGGAGAAUUGGAGUGAAUUUGCUGUAGUUCCCAGUUCCUGCAGUGUUCCCUGCGAGCUCAGUGGUUAGUGUCCUCUCUUCCUGGACUUUGCUUGAUGGGGAUCUCUGCUGCAGGAGCAGUCUCUGCACUGAAAGGCGGGCAAGCAGGGAUAGGAGAGGUUGCCUCUAGAUGCCUGAAAGGCCAUUUGUAUAAGCUGGCAGAAGAUCUCUUCUGGAACAGCUACUGGCUGUAGCCUCACCAAGCCAAGGGUCAGGAUAGCUUCUCUGCAGCAUGUCUUCCAAGCCAGAGCAGAAGGAGACCCACCAGACCAAUGGGGCUGUGCCCAUUGUGCCCGUGGACCAUCUCACUAGUACGGACCAGGGGCAUCUGGUGGAGUCCUCAGAUUUCCUGGGACCUGAUGGUAAUGGGGUAGAAGUGGUGGUGUUGGAGUCCCGAGCCAAUGCUAAGGGAGUGCGAGAAGAAGAUGCCCUGCUGGAAAAUGGCAGCCAGAGCAAUGAAAGUGAUGACACGAGUACAGACCGAGGUCCUGAGACAGCUUCGCCCCUCAAGGAGACAUCCUUUUCCAUCGGCCUGCAAGUCCUCUUUCCAUUCCUUCUGGCGGGCUUUGGGACAGUUGCUGCUGGAAUGGUGCUGGACAUUGUACAGCACUGGGAUGUCUUCAAAUAUGUGACUGAAGUGUUUAUCUUAGUACCUGCAUUACUGGGCCUGAAGGGGAACCUGGAGAUGACUCUGGCCUCUCGCCUGUCAACAGCUGCUAAUAUUGGCCAAAUGGAUACACCCAAAGAGCUCUGGAAGAUGAUAACCGGGAACAUGGCUCUGAUACAGGUUCAGGCUACUGUGGUUGGCUUCUUGGCCUCCAUCGCAGCAGUGGUGUUUGGAUGGAUUCCUGACGGGCACUUCAGCAUUGACCAUGCUGUCCUGCUUUGUGCCAGCAGUGUGGCUACUGCUUUCAUUGCUUCCCUUGUCCUGGGCAUGAUUAUGAUUGGGGUCAUCAUCGGAUCCAGGAAGAUGGGGAUCAAUCCUGAUAACGUCGCCACGCCAAUUGCUGCCAGCCUGGGGGAUCUCAUCACCCUGGCUCUGCUUUCAGGAAUCAGCUGGGGCUUGUACAAAGAGCUGGAGAGCAAAGUCUACGUGAAUCCUUUGGUAUGCGCCUUCUUCGUAGCUCUGCUGCCCAUCUGGAUCAUCAUUGCCAAGAGGAAUGCUGCCACUCGGGAGGUGCUGUACUCUGGCUGGGAGCCAGUUAUCAUCGCCAUGGCUAUUAGCAGUGUUGGGGGUUUAAUUUUGGAUAGAACAGUCUCAGAUCCAAACUUUGCUGGGAUGGCUGUCUUCACACCAGUUAUUAAUGGUGUGGGUGGCAACCUGGUGGCAGUGCAGGCCAGUCGUAUCUCCACAUACCUGCACAUGAGCGGGAUGCCUGGCGAGAGCCCCGAAACAGCCCCUCGCAGGUGCCCCAGCCCUUGCAGCACUUUCUUCAGCUCAGAUGUGAACUCCCGCUCUGCUCGGGUGCUCUUUCUUCUGGUGGUGCCUGGACACUUGGUUUUCCUUUAUACCAUCAGCUCCAUGCAAGGUGGACACACGACACUCACCCUGAUUUUCAUAGUCUUCUACAUGACAGCUGCACUUCUCCAGGUUCUCCUUCUCCUGUACAUUGCUGACUGGAUGGUGCACUGGAUGUGGAGCAGGGACCUUGAUCCUGACAACUUCUCCAUCCCAUACUUGACAGCGCUGGGGGACCUGAUUGGAACAGGUCUCCUUGCUCUCAGUUUUCACAUCCUCUGGCUCAUCGGUGACCGGGACUCUGAUGUGGGAGACUAGCUCUCCCUGCUGCCACACUGCAGCUCUCCUCCUCCUCCUUCUUUCAGUUUGUUGUUCUUUUCCCUCCACCCUUGCUCUACUUUGCUUCCUCCCCCAACCCUGUCUUUCUUGAGAUUUCAUCUUUGAUACUGGAUUCUCAUUAUUUUCAAUGGGAAUUUUAAGUGAUUUAUAUUUCAAGACAAGUUUGUACAGAAGAUAGAUCUAGUUUUAGGAAGGACAAAACAAGUGUAAUGAGACAAUCACCAAGUGCAAUUUCACAGUAAUUAUGUCUCAACCAAGGUUAGAAUGAAGAUACUACUCAGUCGGAUCAUACUGGGAGCCCAGCCAUCCCAGUCGCUAGAGAUGAGGGGCUGUUUUUUUCACUUCAUAAGCAUUUUGAAUACUGGAGGUGAGAUUCAGACUUAUUUUACUGAACAGGCACCUUCUAGCAGAGUACCACCUCAUGGAUGAGGGUAUGGAGUACCUCCUGUUUUCUCUGCCCUCAUGCCCUCCUCCCCUGUGCUCGCUCUCGGAAUCCCCUCCUGUGCCUGGCAGCCAACGCACACAAGUCUCUGUCAUGAACGAUGGCCGUGAGGAAACGUCCUCUGUGGGGAGUGCCCGUUCCUGUGUGCCCACAAGGAACAUGAGCGAUCUCAGGUUUGAGGGCAGCGGAGCCCCGAAACCUGUCUGUGAGCAGGCUGGUCUCUGCUGACAGAUUGGGCUGCCUUUUGCCAAUCAUCCAGCAGCAUCUCUCAGUGCACGCUGCUUGUUCUGCCUCCUCCUGAGCUGAGCUCUGCUGUGUGCCAUGGGACAGGCUCUGUGCUUUGGCUGAAAAGGCCUUGAACUUUCUUCUUCUGCUGGGCCCUCAUGGCCCUCCUGCUGCUAUGGCCACAGCACCACUGUCACGGCAGCCUGUGAAGUGCCGUCCAUUUUCCUUUGCCAGAGGGGAGCUCAUGGAAAAAUAGAUCCUCUUUUGUGUGUUAAGAUUUUCUUUCAGUUGCUGAGUGCUGCUGUCAAGCUCAUUGCAGGGGGAAGCAGCCACCCAAUACCUCUCCCAGCUGAGCUGGGAGGCAUUUCAAACGCAGGAGCAUUGGUGUCCUUUUGGCAAGGACAGCCACAUUCAGCCACGGGAUUUCUCUAGGUGCCAGCUGGAAAACAGGUCAGUGGGUGCAGUCAGAUUUCUGGGGCCCUGGUUCUUAGUGCAGCGACCCGCUCGCCCUUGGGCCAGCUUUGGCACUGGUGCUGCUGCAGCCACCGCACAGGACAGGCACAGCCAAGGCAGGGCUCCCUGCUCUUCUUCCUUUCCCUCUCUUCAGCUGGGCCGUGGCUGAGCUGCCUUCUAUUCUGGUGCAUGAGGGAAGGACCCUCAUGCUGUCUGCAGCAGUGUAAUGAGAGAAUCUAGCUGUAUGACUGAUGCCUUUGGAAAGGAUCUUCCUGAGUGCUGUCAGCACUCAGUGCUUCUUCGUUUUCCCAUUUGGGUACAAAUCAUUUCAGGAAAGUGAGUGCAGUUUGGGGUAAGCAGGUCAACCAAGUUACACUCAGUUACACCAUGUUUAAACAAUGUGCCCAAGCAGACAGUGCAAUGAAACAGGCUCUAGUGUUUGGACAGCCAUUGACCGCAUAAGAGUGAAUGGGGAAAAAGUUCCUAAGCUGGUGUAGUGUUUAGGAGGCAGAGAUGGAAUCCUCACACUGUCAGGCUACUCACUCACAGACCCACCCAAGAGUAGGUGAUCCAUUUUUGAGAGGACUUUCCCCUCAAAAAAAGCCCAAAUUCGUCAGGUUUGCUUUCCCUGCUUCCCCACACCUCCUUUGCGGCAGCAGCUUUGAACUUCAUAUCUCUUUUCUAAUGACGUGACUUCUCACCCAUGACCUUUGUCCGAAGUUCUGUUCAAAAAUAAAAAUACAAGUCAACCUUCCCAUCAUGCUGUACUGAAGUCUCAGCCUGGCAACUUCUGGAAUAUUCUCUGCUGCUCACCUGAUUUCUCUGCCUGAUGUUGAGGAAUAGAUAUGAGACUUCCUUCCAUUAACACUUGAGCUUUUUUACAUAUAUAUAUGUUUGAGAAACUCUCCUGGUCUUUUAGAUGUCACAUCACUAGUUAGUUCCCCAAGAUUUCCCCGGAGGAAGAAUCUGCCACCCAUAGCCUCUUGUAAAAGAGAGAGCCCCAGACAUGGUUUAGAGUUGUCAGGCUGCUGGGCUGGUGGUGUCCAUGCACCUAUAGAAGGUCUAAGGAGGGGGCGGGGCACAGGACAGGGACAGGAAUAGGUCAGGUAAGAAUACACUUUAAAAAUGAAGAAUAUUAAUGGUCAAAAACUCUUCUCACCAGUUGCACUCAAAUGCAUGCCUACUAUACAGCUGACUGCAAAUGAAAAAUCCUGGUUUACUCUUUUUAUUAAAGGAAAAGACUGUCUUAA